GAUGUCAUCUGAAACUUCUAAAUAGGCAUUUAAUUAGCCCGGGUGUUGCUUCCGAACAAAAACUCCCGGCGAGAGCUUUGGGGGAGCACUGUAUUGCAAAGAGGCGGUCGAUAUGCAGAAUUGAUGCGCGCCAGCCUUUGUUGCCAGCCCAUUGUGCGGGCCAUGCUUAUGAAGACUAAUCCAAUCAUAAAUUGCACCCCUGCGCCAAUCAGCGCGCCCAGAGCCUCCAGCGAAUGAAGCUCGAGUGGAGAACUUUGUUGAACUUCAUUGUCAGAGCUGUCACUUUUCAAAACGCUUUAACGGGCGGGCCACUAUAAAACCAUCACCUCAACGGGAGGACCGCGGAGGACUCGCAGACACCCAAGUGGGAUCGUUACUAGAAGACGUUUGCUAAGCCCAAGAGAGAGGGCGGGAGGGGCGGGAAGCCCAGCAUUUACCCUCUGGCCACUGGAAGAAGGGUUUUUCCGCCCGCCCCUCGCCUAACAUGAUGUUCCCCGGCCUCCUCGCGCCCCCAGCCGGGUACCCCAGCCUCUUGCGCCCCACGCCCACCUUAACAUUGCCCCAGUCCCUGCAGUCGGCAUUUUCCGGCCACUCGAGCUUCCUGGUGGAGGAUCUGAUCCGCAUCAGCCGACCCCCAGCCUACCUGCCCCGCAGCGUGCCCACCGCCAGCAUGUCGCCCCCUAGGCAGGGGGCCCCUGCGGCUCUCACAGACACAGGGGCCUCGGACCUGGGCUCCCCGGGUCCAGGCAGCCGGCGGGGCGGCUCACCACAGACGGCCGUCUCCCCUGCCAGCGAGCCCACGUUUCUGAAGUUUGGAGUGAAUGCCAUCCUUUCUUCGGCGCCCAGAACUGAAACAUCCCCCGCCUUGCUCCAGAGUGUCCCUCCCAAGACCUUCGCCUUUCCCUACUUUGAAGGCUCCUUCCAGCCUUUCAUCAGAUCUUCUUAUUUCCCAGCGUCCUCCAGCGUCGUGCCCAUCCCGGGGACCUUCUCCUGGCCACUGGCCGCUCGCGGCAAGCCUCGUAGGGGCAUGCUGCGUCGAGCCGUGUUCUCCGACGUGCAGCGCAAGGCGCUGGAGAAGAUGUUCCAGAAACAGAAGUACAUCAGCAAGCCCGACCGCAAGAAGCUGGCGUCCAAGCUGGGCUUGAAAGACUCACAGGUGAAAAUCUGGUUCCAGAACCGACGCAUGAAGUGGCGGAACUCCAAGGAGCGCGAGCUCCUGUCUAGCGGGGGCUGCCGCGAGCAGACCCUUCCCACCAAACUCAAUCCGCACCCGGACCUCAGCGACGUGGGCCAGAAGGGUCCCGGGGACGACGACGACGAGGAGGACGAGGGCCCGGGCAGCCUCCGCCACCGCCUGGUCUAUCAUCACCCGUCCCCCGACCCUCGGCACCUGCGGGACCCGCGCCUGGAAGGGCCGCUGCCCCACUCGCCCGCGCACUCUGGCAGCCCCGACAAACCUUCGGACUUCUCCGACUCCGAGGAGGAUGAGGAGGCUGAGGAGGAGGAGAUCACCGUGUCUUAGAAGCCCUCCCGCGCCCGGGGUACCGAUUAUAAGUGCUUUGAAAUUGAAGAGGUGGGAUUCGGUGCGUGUUCACUUGCCCCCGCUGCGCAGACGCUGCCGCUCCCCGCUGUAGAACUGUCGCGUCGUCGAGGGCACCCUGGCCCCUUCCAUUGCCCCCCAACGACAUUCCCUUGCCCCACACCACCUACCAACAGCCCUCUCCGCAUAAGUUAAAUUUAGGUCUUGGUCCCAGCCUUAACUUUGCCGCGAGGGCCCGUUUAGCUUCCUUAUUGCAAGAUAUUUUCAACACAGUGGGGUGUUCACUCUCCCAGCCCGGGUUUAGCUGUGAGCCAGGCCCUGCUGGUCUACAGCAGCAACAACCCUAUAAGGUAAGAAACCUUUUCUGAAGUAGGAAACCGAGAUACGAGUCACAACAUCAAGCAUAUAACUUCAAGACCCCUGACUUCCUAGAUCCCUCCACCUCCCCACCUUAGGUAGCGAGGGCCUCUUGCCCAACUCCAGACACUGGUAACCCAGUCUUCCCGUAGCAAUGCCCUUAGAAAGCUCAAGAA